AUGAGUUCGGCUUCUCCAUCUUCAUCCUCCUCCUCCUCGGUGAUCUCUGAUUCAGAAGCGGAUUCUGCUCUGGAACACGACGAUAUUGAACUUUUCGAGGAUGAACUCGUAUCCGAACACUCAGACACAGACAACUACCCCAACCCCCCCAAUCUACUUGGCGGCUCCCCUUCCUUCGAUUCUGAAGCCGACGCAUUCGAGGACGAACUCGUUUCCGAACACUCAGACAACUACCACAACCCCCCCAACCCACUUGGCGGCUCCCCUCCCUUCGAUUUCCAAGCCAGCGCAGUCGAGGACGAGCUCGUUUCUGAACACUCAGACAACUCCUCCAACCCGUCCGAUCUACUUGGACCCCGUUCCCCUUCCUUCGAUUCCGAAGUCGACGCCUUUGAAGUCUUGUACCCCGCUCCCGAGGAAAUCUCAGACUCCGACGACAACACAUCGACACACUCCGACUCAAUAUCUUCCCGAGAAUCAUCAGCCGAUCGUCUAUUCGAGCAUCCGGACCUUUACUCUCGCGACUCUUACCCUUUGUCUCCCGAUUUGGAAGGCGAACUGGAACUUGCAUUACUUGCCCAGAUGGACGAACAACUACGACAGCCACCGCGCCGACCGGGCAAUCGCGAAGGCAACAUGGCACCGCCAAGGCAGGGUGGCGGGGUGAACGGUAACGGACCUGACGUGCUGGUCGACUUGGAGCUCUACUUUAGACAGGAGAGACCUCAGCGCAGAGCACAGAAUCAACAAGGACCGGCCGACGUGAUUGAUCUCACCAACGAGCCGGACAGUCCAGUUCAAAGCCAUGCGCCUCGGCCGAUCGCGAAUCCCCGACGCCAAAACCCCCAAGGGCGCAAUCCACCAUCUUUCGCACGCAGCGACAGCAGUAUCUUGGCCGGGAACCCGCCCGUGAUAGAUUUGACGGACGACUCCCCCGAGGUGCCGCGUAGGCUCAGACCCGAGAGACCUGCCCUUCAUCAUCCCCCGAUGCCGCCACCAUACCGAAACCGCGAGCGUAGGGAACCCAGCGGAUUCAUGCUCCGAAACACAGCAAGCGCCUUUAGUGGAUUGGCAGCCGGGCUUAGGAGACACCUCUACCCACUUCACCUCUUUCCCCCCGAGGAGGACGCCCAGCUGCUUGACAUCCUGCACACUAGGAUACAGCCAGGAGAUCUCAACAACCCGCUCGGGAACAUCCAACUGCAAUAUGAGAAUGGCGCUUUCGAUCGCCCGGAUUCUCCAAAGCCAGUGCACCAACCUCCGCCCCCGGCAAGGUCCGGUUACACGAGGGACACCGGCUCCGACUUGGUCGUCGUUUGCCCCGCUUGUAACGAGGAACUUGCUUACGACCCAGACGUUCCAACGAACGAGAGUCAACCCACGCGCAAGGGAAAGCGCCAGCGAAGCGAGAACCACUUCUGGGCUCUCAAGGCUUGUGGACAUGUCUACUGCGAGGACUGCUUCGAGAACCGCAAACCAGUGGCCAAGAGGCCGAACAAAGGAUUACCCAUGACUGAUGGAAAGCUCGAGUGUGCAGUGAAUGGCUGCGGUUCGGCUGCCGCCAGCAAGACGUCUUGGGUUGGCAUUUAUCUCUGA